AUGGCUCGACCAGAGCCAUCCCGUUGUUCGGCAUGUUUUUUGCACACACAAAGUAUCCACUCGAUGUUGUGGAUCGUUUUGCAUAUUGAACAGGCUGCUCGUAUUCUAACAGAUGUAGUCAAUGCACGAAUCCCCAAGACUUGGAUCACGUCUGAUAACCUGAGACAUCACCAAUGCAAGGUGAUGGACGAUGGAUUUCAGACUGCUGCCUUCUCUCAAAUUUUUGCUGACAAAUCCAGCACAGGACGUUCAUCGGACGUUGAGUAUGGUACAGAACUGGGUUCAGGCCUGGUGUUCUCUGCAGACUUUCACAAGUUCGAUGACCUGAGGAAUAUGUUAGAGUGUAACAAGGACGCAUUAAAGCUGGACGCGAUGCGUCGCAUCAUUGGAAUGGUCGCCAGGGGACGGGAUUGUUCGGAACUUUUCCCUUCCGUCGUUAAAAAUGUGGUAUCCAAGAAUCCGGAGAUUAGGAAACUUGUGUUCGCUUACCUUACUCGGUAUGCUGAGGAGCAGCAAGAUGUAGCCCUUCUUUCGGUUUCCACAUUCCAACGGUCGCUCAAGGAUCCCAAUCCUUUGAUUCGUGCCUCUGCUCUCCGCGUCCUGUCGUCCAUACGCAUCCCAAUGUUGCUCCCUAUCGUGAUGCUGGCUAUACAAGAUGCUUGUAAAGACCUCUCGCCUUUUGUCCGAAAAGUGGCUGCUCAUGCGAUUCUGAAGGUGUACAGCCUUGAUCCCGAAGAGAAGGAUCGUUUGAUCGAGUUACUGGAGCGUCUGUUGGCCGACAAGACUACGUUGGUGAUUGGCAGUGCUAUCCGGGUCUUUGAAGAACUUUGUCCCGACCGUUUGGAUCUCAUACACCCGCACUAUCGAAAAAUAUGCUCUCUGCUAAUGGAUGUGGACGAAUGGGGUCAGGUGAUAAUCUUGAAUGUUCUCACGCGUUAUGCCCGAACGCAGUUUCUCAAUCCCGCAAAACUCCCAUCAGUACAAGUGAGCUCUACUCCUAACGGUCAACUUGAAACAAUCAAAACAUCGGACUUGAUUGAGCUUGAGUCGUGUACUGAUGUUGCGACGGAUGGAGAGAUGUUGUCGACCAAGGGCACUGGUGCUGACGGCAAAGACCUUCAACCUUAUUCCAUGGAAGAUGCCAUCCCCAUUCUGCAAGCUGAUUACUCUUUGCUUGUCAAUUCGUGCCGGUUUUUGUUACAGAGUCGAACGACUGCGGUUGUGCUUGCGGUAGCCCAACUGCUGUUCGCUCUGGAGGCCAAGGAACACUUUCCUGGUGUUGCCAAAGCUUUGAUUCGAUGUCUGAGAGGGAGCCGGGAAGUUCAAUACGUUGUCCUCUGCAACAUCGCCACUUUGAGCAUGGUUCAUCGGGGACUAUUCGAACCGUUUCAGCGCUCAUUCUACGUCUAUGCCGAUGACCCUCUACAAGUGAAACUAAUCAAGCUGGAAAUCCUCACCAACUUGGUCACCGAAGCCACCAGUUCCACCAUCUUGCAUGAAUUUCAGCAUUACGUCAACAGUUCCGAUCAAGAGUUUGUCAUUUCCACCAUUCAAGCCAUCGGCCGGUGUGCAAGCUCCAUACCGCAGAUCGCGGACAUUUGUCUUGGUGGCCUAGUUCGACUCAUGUCUCGUCCGGAUGAGAAAGUUGUGGCGGAGUGCGUGGUCAUUCUAAGAAAGCUGCUCCAAAUUCAGAAUGCUGACCACAAAGAUCUAAUUAUCCGCAUAGCCGAGCUCACGGACACCAUGACUGUGCCUUCGGCAUUGGCCUCCAUCCUAUGGUUGUUGGGUGAAUACAGCCAUCGUGUUCCGCGAAUUGCACCGGAUGUGUUGCGAAAGAUGGCCAAAGUGUUCCCCACAUUGGAAUCUGUUGUAAAGCUACAGGUUCUCAACCUGGCCGCCAAGCUAUGCAUUGUGAACCCACGUCAAACCCACUUGCUUGCCCAGUAUGUGUUCAACCUGGCACGGUACGAUCAAAAUUAUGACAUACGUGAUCGAUCACGCCUCCUGAGAGCUUUGUUGUUUCCUCAGUCUCUCAUCGAGGUUGCCGGUGGCGAUUCUUCCAACAAGUUAGUCGACCUGGGCAAUGGUGAAGCGAGCCCGGUAAAAGAGCCGGUACUGGGCUAUCUGGCCAAACAUGCACGCAAGAUCUGUCUAGCUGCCAAGCCAGCCCCACUGAUACAGUCCAGCUUCCAGGAUCGAUCGAACUUCCGCCUCGGUUCCUUAUCUCAUCUGCUCAAUCGUCACCAGUGGCAUUACCGUGACCUCCCCGAUUGGCCAGCGAUCCCACCAGAUCCGUGGUCCAGGGUAGUAAAGACUACUCCAGAUGGAACAUCUACAGUAAAUUCUGAAUCGCAUUCACCAGCUUCCGCAAUCCGUACAAGCGCAUCAGGGGGCAAGCCGGGCAACCUCGUCUCCUAUGAUGACUUCUUUUCGGAAUCAGAUGGUUCGACGACCGAGGAUGAUGCUGAUGGUGUGGCAGAUGACCUCGUGGAAGAAAAAAUCAAGGAGAACAAAGAUCUGCUGGAUAACGAGGACGAUAGUGAUGAUGAUGAUGCUGAUCAAAACGAAGAAAUGUUGUCAGAAUUGGGCGCGGAGGAGCUACAUUCGAGUAGCUCUGAUUCAGACCUUGAUUUCGUGGCCAUUCUGAAGAAGCAAUCUGCAGCCCAAAGGAAAGAAGCUUUGUCAGUGAGCACACUCGAUGAGUCGAAGCUGACACACACGACAGAGGCAUCUAGCUCAGAAGAACAGAGCUUUUCCAGUUCUGAUGUCAAGUUGCGACAGUUGAACUCACCAGGCGAACCGUCACCCUUCACCGAGAGUACUGAGGGCGAGGAAGACGAAGAAUUAGAUGACCUAUUCGAUUUUUCCGCCCUGAAAAAGAAAACUAAGAUCAGUUUGGUUCAACAGUCUGGUCACAAGCACGGUGUCUCGCAUCCAAACGGUGAUGGGACUGUGGUCCGACAACUCGAAGACCAUGAAGAUACGAGUGCACAGUUCAGCGAAACUUCCAGUGCUACUGUACCUGUAGUCUGUGAUUCUACCAUAUCUUCCGACCAAAACGCUCCCAGCUCCUAUGCCCCGUCCCCAAGUGUUGCCCUAGACCCGAGUCUUUGUCCCGAACCAGCCAACCUGACCCCAACUCCUUUGCCCACAAUGAAUCCUGAACUGUUUGCUUCGAGUGUGAUAGACACUCCGUGUGGAACAGUUAUUGAUCAGUCCCGUCAUAUCGGCGUUUUCAAUCCUCUAAGCCUUCUGUCGGCCACCACCCCGGAUUCCUUGCGGUGGAUUGAAAUCCAAAAUCCACAUCACCCGUGUUUUCGACUCACGUAUCAAUACAACCGAACUGUGUGGGAACAUCUUCCCAACCUAGUCAUUAUCUGUCUUCGUCUGGCCAAUCAAGAUGAGCAUGUGACAUUACAUGACAUUCAUUUGGACCUUCGAAGCACGGCAAUCGGGCGCCUUCUGCUGGAUGCACGACGAAUUGAGCCGUUUGACAAAAUAGAGGAGUUACCGCCGGGUGCGGAGCAUGCAUGCACUUGUGGGAUCGAUUUCGCCGGAUUCACCGAUCCAGUUGAACUUCACCUUGUUUAUCAUGCCAUCCCGAACGGUCAGCUGAUUCGGUGGCCUAUAUCCAUCGCACCACCAGCUGGGGAGCUUUUGCGUUCAUUCUCUCUGGAUGAAUCCAGUUUCUUUUUGAAAAAAGACAACCUACUGGCGACAAAGUCACUGGAUCAGUUUUGCGCCAAGUUGACCGGCUUGGGGACUACACCAGGUCACUUAACUCAUUUGGCCCGAACCGUCUUAUUAUCAGCCAACGUGAGUUAUUGCUUCUUCAAGCUGCACCGAGAGUUGUCCACUCCGUUCGCGUGUCGCACCCGCAGUGCUCCACCCGACCGCGCCACAUCACAGAUGUCCCAACUGAUAACAGUAUACUUUUCCGGGGAGACCAUUUCCGACUCUCAGUGUUGUCUAAUUGAAAUGACAAUUGAACUGGAUGAUUCUGUGACUGCCACACCAUCACCCGGUAGCCUUAGUCAAACACUUCAAUCAACACAACGCGAGGUUUUGGUCACGGUGCUGUGUUCGGAUUCACGAUUCCGAUCUGCACUUUCAAACGCCCUUAAUGAAGCGCUGAACGAGCCUCCGCCUGAUCCGCUAGUCUUUGACUAACAGAACCCAUCUAAAUGUGAUUGCCAUAUGGCUGUGUUUAUCAACUUUUUGUCUUGUUCUCCACUUCCUUUCCCACUGUCCCGUCUUGAGUCUAGUCCCUCUCCAUGUGGGCGCUGCUUGCUUUGCAGAAUGCAUUUGUAUAACAAAAAAAGCAAGUGGCCCCCUGUGUUCGUCCCGUCUCGUCACAAUUUUUUUUGCAAAGAAACAUGCUUUGUGGUUAUUGUUCUUCUCAAUAAACGUCUGUCUUGAUCUACGUUAUUG